CUCCUUUUCCUGUCUUUCGUUUCUCGGGAACCAGUCGGAAAAUUUGAAUCUAGAAAUCAGUUAGACGGAGGACGCGAUCGGAGCACUUCAACUGGAGGAAACCGGGGUCUCACUACCGUCUCAGGGUGAGGUCGAAAUAGAGAGAAGAUGUUGUCUAGGUUAGCGUUGUUCUUGUCCUUGCUUUGGCUACUGGCUGUCCCGUCCGAAUCUGCUGUUUCGAGCGUAGAUCUAGGUUCAGAAUGGCUGAAAGCUGCGGUAGUCAAUCUAAAACGGGGACAGAGCCCAAUCUCUGUAGCCAUUAAUGAGAUGUCCAAGAGAAAAUCUCCAGCUUUAGUGGCAUUCCAGUCAGGCACUCGGCUACUGGGUGAAGAAGCUGCAGGAAUCACAGCUCGAUACCCAAAUAAAGUGUAUUCCCAACUGAGGGAUAUGGUGGGGAAAUCAUUUAAACAUGUCAAGGAUAAACUCGAUUCGAUGUACUUGCCAUUUGACAUUGUAGAAGAUUCGAGAGGUGCUGUGGGUAUCAAAGUUGACGAUGAUUCAACUAUUUAUUCGGUAGAGGAAUUGUUGGCUAUGAUCUUGGGUUACUCCUCGAAUCUGGCAGAGUUCCACGCCAAAGUCCCGGUGAAGGAUGUGGUUAUCUCAGUUCCGCCAUACUUUGGACAGGCUGAAAGAAGAGGCUUGCUCCAGGCUGCUCAGUUGGCUGGCAUUAACGUGCUCACACUGAUUAACGAGCAUUCUGGCGCUGCUUUACAGUAUGGGAUUGACAAGGAUUUCUCAAAUGGGUCAAGGCAUGUCAUAUUCUAUGAUAUGGGUUCGAGCAGUACCUAUGCAGCUCUUGUCUAUUACUCAGCAUAUAAUGUGAAGGAAUUUGGCAAGACUGUUUCUGUCAACCAGUUUCAGGUCAAGGAUGUCAGAUGGGACUCAGAACUGGGAGGACAGAAUAUGGAGAUGCGCUUGGUGGAGUAUUUUGCAGAUGAGUUUAAUAAACAACUUGGUAAUGGAGUUGAUGUGAGAAAGUUCCCCAAAGCCAUGGCUAAAUUAAAGAAACAAGUCAAACGUACUAAGGAAAUUUUGAGUGCAAACUCCAUGGCUCCAAUUUCUGUAGAAUCUCUCCAUGAUGAUCGUGACUUCAGGAGCACAAUUUCCCGUGAGAAAUUUGAGGAACUCUGUGAGGAUUUGUGGGACAGAUCUCUUACACCUCUGAGAGAAGUGCUCAAAUAUUCUGAGCUUAAGGUUGAUGAUAUAUAUGCAGUGGAACUAAUAGGAGGAGCUACUAGGGUUCCGAAACUACAGAGCAAACUCCAAGAAUUUCUCGGAAAGCAAGAGCUGGACAAACAUCUGGAUGCUGAUGAGGCUAUUGUUUUGGGUGCGGCUUUACAUGCUGCCAACUUGAGUGAUGGAAUUAAAAUGAAACGUAGACUAGGUAUAAUUGAUGGCUCCCCCUAUGGUCUUCUGGUGGAGUUGCAAGGGCAAGAUGUUCAGAAAGAUGAGAGUACCAAGCAGCUGCUCGUACCUCGGAUGAAAAAACUACCAAUCAAGAUGUUCAGAUCCUUUGUCCUGAGCAAAGAUUUUGAUGUAUCACUUGCUUAUGAGACCGAGGAUCUUUUACCCCCGGGGACAACCUCCCCUGUGUUUGCACAGUAUUCAGUUUCUGGUUUGGCAGACACAACUGAGAAAUAUUCGUCACGGAAUCUAUCAGCCCCUAUCAAAGCAAAUCUACACUUCUCACUUAGUAGAAGUGGGAUUCUCAGUUUGGAUCGAGCAGAUGCUGUUAUUGAAAUCACAGAAUGGGUGGAGGUUCCUAAGAAGAACAUGACCAUUGAUAAUAAGACAACCACAGCAACGGUGAAUACAUCAGCUGAAGCUGCUUCUGAUGAAAAUUCACAAGAAAGUAAAGAAAAUUUGCAAGCUGAUGUUGGAAAUAGCACUGCAUCAAAUUCAACUGCAGAAGAACCAAAUGUGGUUGACCUUGGCACAGAAAGAAAACUGAAAAAGAGGACAUUCCGUGUUCCUCUGAAGGUAGUUGAGAAGACUGUUGGACUGGGAAUGCCUUUUCCGAAAGAGUCUCUUGCUGAAGCUAAAAGAAAAUUAGAAGCCUUGGACAAGAAAGAUGCAGAGCGAAGAAGAACGGCCGAGUUAAAAAAUAGCCUUGAAUCUUAUAUAUAUGCUACUAAAGAGAAGCUUGAAACACCAGAGUUUGAAAAGAUAUCUACCCAAGAAGAACGCGAGUCAUUUGUCGAGAAGCUUGAUGAGGUGCAAGACUGGCUGUAUAUGGAUGGUGAGGAUGCUAAUGUCACAGAGUUUCAGGACCGCCUUGACUCACUAAAAGCCAUCGGUAGCCCCAUAUCCUUCAGGUCAGAGGAGCUGACUGCACGCCCUGUAGCAUCUGAAUAUGCCCGAAAGUACCUAACUGAAGUGCGAGAGAUCAUACAAGGUUGGGAAACAGACAAAACUUGGCUUCCAAAAGAAAGAAUCGAGGAGGUCUCAAAGGAAGCAGAAAGAGUAAAGAGCUGGUUGGGUGAGAAAGAAGCUGAGCAGCACAAGGCCCCUUUGUAUAGCAACCCAGUGUUCACCUCAGACGAGGUGUAUGCCAAAGUAUUCGGUCUACAAGACAAGGUGGCAAAGGUCAAUCGGAUCCCAAAGCCGAAGCCAAAGAUCGAGAAACCAGCCAAGACGGAGAACGCAACCGCCGAGGAGGAAGAGCUUAAAGGCGGCGCCGUCGACUCAAACUCGACUUCCUCCGACCACAUUGAUGAGGAAACCGACGAAUCGGCUAACGAAGACACACAAUCGCAGCCUGAGACACAUGACGAGCUUUGAUAUCUUUUCUUCCAAAGCUAAAAAGAACUUGUAUUGUCUUACAGAGAGAGAGAGAGAGAGGGGCAAAUACGAGUAGGCGGGGGACUUUUAGGCAGGACGCGAGAGAACAGCCGAGUCAGAGCUUCACAGACAUUUGUGAGGGGCAUAUUUGUCUUUUAUCAAUUAUGUCUGUCUUAUUUAUUUGAUGUCUUCUCAUCUCAUCUCUAAAGAGGAAACAGAUAUACACAGUUUUGUUUUGAUGUGGAUUUUUCCGUCUUCA